GACAGAGCGCACCGCGGCAGCUCCGAGCCAGACCAGAGCCACAGGACAGCGGUGGAUCGUGGAGGUUUUUAUGCAAGAAGUGUGCGCUUUCUCCGGUCAAGAACAUGUCCACAGUGUCGGUGUCCUCACAGGAUGGUCGGAGCUUGUCUCGUCUCUCCGUCAGUCGUUCCCCUGCUUCCCCCCUCUCCCCCCUGGGCAUCCCCUCCCCUGCCCAGCUGACCAAAGCCAACGCUCCAGUGCACAUCGACGUGGGUGGGCACAUGUACACCAGCAGCCUGGCUACGCUGACCAAGUACCCCGAGUCCAGAAUCGGCCGUCUGUUUAACGGCACUGAGCCCAUCGUCCUGGACAGUUUAAAGCAGCACUAUUUUAUCGACCGCGACGGGGACAUCUUUAAAUACGUCCUCAGCUUCCUCCGGACCUGCAAACUACUGCUGCCAGAAGAUUUCAAGGAGUUCCCAGCUCUGUAUGAGGAGGCGCGGUACUACCAGCUGACCCCGAUGGUGCGAGAGCUGGAGCGAUGGCGAGCGGAGCGUGAGGCUCAGAGUAGCGCGGGGUCAGAGUGCAUAGUGGUCCGCGUGACCCCUGACCUCGGAGAGAGAAUCGCUCUGAGCGGAGAGAAAGUUCUGAUCGAAGAGGUAUUUCCAGAGACCGGAGAUGUGAUGUGUAACUCUGUGAACGCUGGCUGGAACCAGGACCCCACACACGUCAUACGAUUCCCCCUCAACGGGUACUGCAGACUCAACUCUGUACAGGUUUUGGAGCGCUUGUUCCAGAAAGGCUUCUCUCUGCGUGCGUCCUGUGGGGGCGGAGUCGACUCCUCUCAGUUCAGCGAAUAUGUUUUAUGUCGCGAUCUUAAACUGUGCACGCCGAUCACAGCCACGCCCCUCCGCAUCAAACAAGAGCCUCUGGACUGACGCAACAGCAGUGGGGCGCAAGACAGACCACCCACAGCCAGCAGGAGGCGCUAGACUGAGAGGGGAAUGUGGAGAGGUCGUUAUGGACACGCAAUACAGGAGACACAAGAGACUGAGGAGAGACCAAGGACGAAAGCAGUUUAAAAUAAAUGUAGAAAUAAUACACACAGAUCAGCCAGAACAUUUUAACUAUUUACUUGAACCCAUACCCAAAACUUAAUCAUGUAGCUCUUGUAAAUUAUGAACGUGUUUACAGUGUUUUAAAGAUAGAAAUGCAGACAGAUGUACUUAGGCCAAUUUGAUGCUAAAUUUUUAUUUCAGAAGUUUGCUCAGGGCACUCCUAACGGCCAAUUAUUGCAUCAUAAUUUUAUUCUUCAUCAACUUCGCUGUGAAAUAGUUGGCUCAAAUUGGACAUUUUAUCCAAGACACACCUGGCAACCCCUCAAGGCAAAACAGUGUAAAAACACUGCUGUCUACUGUCUAUGCUCACUGUAUUCUGGGCUGUGGUCAUAAUGUUUUGGCUGAUCUAUGGUUGCUGGUACAGUAUGUUGGAGGAAAUCUUCUCUGGUCUGGAUCAAAACUCUUUUUAUAAACUGAUCUGAGGAUGUGUAAUUUAAGUCUUUUCUACAAUGGACAUUUUUAAAUUGUAUAUUUAAUGUAAUGUUUUUCAUGUACAGAUGAAUUCAUAAAAGAAAAAUCAAU